GCUUGGCUUUGGGAUGCUGAAGGUGCUAAAAUAGCAGCGAGGACAAGAGGCUUGGCUCAGUGUUAGGGACCUGCCCCGCUGCCUGAAAGCCUGUGAGAUGACAAUAGGGAAAAUGGAGAACGUGGAGGUCUUCACUUCUGAAGGCAAGGGCAGGGGCCUGAAGGCCACGAAGGAGUUCUGGGCUUCGGACGUCAUCUUUGCCGAGCGGGCUUAUUCUGCAGUGGUUUUCGACAGCCUCGUUAACUUUGUGUGCCACACCUGCUUCAAGAGGCAGGAGAAGCUCCACCACUGUGGGCAGUGCAAGUUUGCGCGUUACUGUGACCGCACCUGCCAGAAGGAUGCGUGGGUAGACCACAAGAAGGAGUGCUUGGCCGUCAAGAGAUACGGGAAGGUGCCCAAUGAGAACAUCAGGCUGGCUGCACGCAUCAUGUGGCGGGUGGAGAGAGAGGGCACCGGGCUCACGGAGGGCUGCCUGGUGUCCGUGGACGACCUGCAGAACCACGUGGAGAACUUCGGGGAGGAGGAGCAGAAGCAGCUGCGGGUGGACGUGGAUACUUUCUUGCAGUACUGGCUGCCCCAGAGCCAGCAGUUCAGCAUGCAGUACAUCUCCCACAUCUUCGGCGUGAUUAACUGCAAUGGUUUCACACUCAGUGACCAGAGGGGCCUGCAGGCAGUGGGCGUGGGCAUCUUCCCCAACCUGGGCCUGGUGAACCAUGACUGUUGGCCCAACUGCACCGUCAUCUUUAACAACGGCAAUCAUGAGGCAGUGAAAUCCAUGUUUCACACCCAGAUGAGGAUUGAGCUCCGGGCCCUGGGCAAGAUCUCAGAAGGAGAAGAGCUGACCGUGUCCUACAUCGACUUCCUUAACGUCAGCGAAGAACGCAAGAAGCAGCUGAAGAAGCAGUACUACUUCGACUGCACGUGCGAGCAUUGCCAGAAAGGGCUGAAGGACGACCUCUUCCUGGGGGUGAAAGAUGACCCAAAGCCCUCUCAGGAUGUGGUCAAGGAGAUUAUACAAUUCUCCAAGGAUACACUAGAAAAGAUUGACAAGGCUCGCUCUGAGGGCUUGUACCACGAGGUUGUGAAGUUGUGCCGGGAGUGCCUGGAGAAGCAGGACUCCGUGUUUGCUGACACCAACAUCUACAUGCUGAGGGUGCUGAGCAUCGUUUCCGAGGUCCUCUCCUACCUCCAGGCGUUCGAGGAGGCCUCCUACUACGCCAGGAGGAUGGUGGAUGGCUAUGUGAAGCUCUACCACCCCAACAAUGCCCAACUGGGCAUGGCCGUGAUGCGGGCGGGGCUGACCAACUGGCAUGCUGGUAACAUUGAGGUGGGGCACGGUAUGAUCUGCAAAGCCUAUGCCAUUCUCCUGGUGACACACGGACCCACCCACCCAAUUACCAAGGACUUAGAGGCCAUGCGGAUGCAGACGGAGAUGGAGCUGCGCCUGUUCCACCAGAACGAGUUCAUGUACCGCAAGAUGCGCGAGGCUGCCCUGAACAACCAGCCCAUGCAGGUCAUGGCUGAGCCCAGCAGCGAGCCGGCGCCAUCUCUGUUCCAUAAGAAGCAAUGAGGACCUGCCUGGCGUGUGCGUGUGCGUGUGUGUGUGUGUGUGUGUGUGUGUGUGUGUGUGUGUGUGUGUGUGUUGCGGGUGGGGGGGGCGGGCACUGAGGCUCGGAAUUGGGGAGACAUUCUGGAGGAAGUGGGCUUCUGGGGAGACCCUUGCUGGGGAAGUUGGAGUAUUGCUCAACCCUGCUGCUCUGGGAAUGCACUGCUCUGGGUUCCUCAGUGUCAUGUUGGUUCAUUUCAACUCUGUUUAAUUCAACUUAAUUCAUCCUAUAGCUCAACUCAUCCUACAAGUAUUUGUAGGCCCUAGAGAUAAAGAAGUUCCAAGAGUAGCUGGGGAGGCAAAAUGUAAGCAGACAAUGAAAGCGCCGUGUAAUCACAAUGCAAUGUAAGCUGUGCGGAGAGAGGGGAGCAGUAGAGGGCCUGUCCGGUGGGUGGUGUAUACGCAGUGUGGGCUAUCGCGGAGGGGAUCACAUCUGAGCUGAGGGUGGCAGGUGCUUGGAGCCUCAGGUGGCUGCUCACCCCAACUGUGCAGGCGUCUCUGGGGCUGCUGGUCUCACCCGUGGUCUGGGAGAGUCAGUGUUUGGGUGACGAGGAUGGGAGAAGUCUGUUCAGGAUGAAGCUGCGGGAGACACUUGGAAACACAUAUACCUGGAUUCCCUCAAUUUCCUUUUCCUACAGUCACACACGCCAUGCCUGCACCCACCCCUCCUUCUCACACCAGUGGACAGGACCCCUGCUCCUUCUCCACCUGUGCUCUGGGCUCCUUCCUCCCCUGUCUUGGGCCCGGCUUCACCUAUUACUCCUUCUCCACCCUGGAUCCUUGACAUGUUUCUGGUUCCUUGAGUGCAGUCAGUGAACAUGCUGGGGGCGAUCGGCAGUAAUAAUGUUCACGUUGAGUAGUUUUAAAGGGUUUGUCUCCCAUAGUUAUCUCCUUUUCUCUUUUCUUUCUUUUUCUUUUAAAAAAAUUCUCACCAGAGGAUAUUUUCCCAUUG